GCCAAUGCUAGUGUUCCCUCAGGGUCCGAAUCCGAAGAUUGAAGCCUUCAAAAUGGCGUGCUUAGUCUCCUCGAGCUUCACCGUUCCUCAGCGCGCUUCACAACUCAACAAGGAAGUGUAUCAACCUCAAUUACAUUUUCCUUUGGAUACACUUUUAAGCAAAGCAACAAUUCGAACAGCUCAAAAGACUCUUGGAUCUUGCACUUCAAAUAAUCACAUACUAUCUUUGAAAGGAAGCUUGCAUCGUUGCUUGAUGUCAUGCUCAAGAUUUCUACAUGAAACUUACUCAUAUAAUUUAGAUGUAGAUUGUUGCCCUGAAAUAGUUAUAUCUGGAUAUUGGGUGGGACCUGAUGCUGAUGAUGGGUGGGGAUUUGUGGAAGCUGUAAUUAAUCAAAUGAAUUGAUCUCUCUUCUAUUUUUAGAUAAGGGUUGAUGUUGCUUCACUUUUGUCAAAGAUUUAAAGUGGCUGUGUGGCUCUCGGUUAGCUGACUACAGUUUCUAUUCUCGAAAGUCUCCCAAAACUAACCAAUCUUUUGGAAAAUUGAGAGUAUCAUUUAUGAAAGAAUACUGGAGAAAUGGAGAGAUGUAUAUCCAUUAUUGAUGCAGUUAUGAAGGCUUGAUGGAUGGGUUCGGUCCACGUUUUGAUCUGUGAAUUAUUUUAGGUAUCUUGUCCGAAACUAUAUUGACUAAAAUUGAACUUUGUGAAAACAAUGACUUGUCUUUCGGAUAGGCUGCUGAACUUAAAUCUAGGGAAAAUUUUAUUUAUUCUUUGCUAUCGGUAUC